AUGCAGACAAAAUAUACAAAAACUAAAAAGAUCAAGUACAUCUCUAUGAAUAUGUUGUUCUUCAGUGAAGGUCAGUCUACUUUUGACAUCAAACAAUUCCCCAUUGAGAUCCAAAGACAACUACAACUCUCCACUAAGGUAUUAGAUGCAAAUUUCAAUCAAACAGCAGUAAAAUGGGAAAACAUCACUGGGGGGCAAUGGUCUGCAAAUUUAACAGCAAGAUCACUUGUAUUACAGUUGAACAAAAUAACAUUGUUUUACAAAGGUUUUAUGCAGAAGUUCAAAAAGACAUGUACUUCUCAGAAUUGUGUUCCCCAGGAACAUUAG